GAGUAGAGCGCAGAUUCUGCGGAGCCGGUGUUGAUUCCUCUCAGCUGUCACUCUCAGUCUGACCGUCAGACCCACUCUCUUUAUACUACAGGAUAUAUAUAAGUAGCUCUUCCUUGGUCAGUGUAUCGCAGUGACUAUUCACCGUCUACUUUCAACGUCAGCCGCACGUAGACAAGUCCGGGCACGUUCCGAGACGACUCAGAGCUCCUAUAGCCUCAUUACUGACAGUAUUCUCCCAGCAGCUCCUUCUCCUCGUACUGCUCCCAACAUUCUCUCCCCCGGCACUCACACUAGACUGAAUGAGAACAUGGAUCAAGGUGGAAUCAUCGCACCCGAAACCCGGCCGAGCCCUUGGGGCAUUGCUGCAAAGCCUGCAGACCAGUGCUCUCUGGCAGAGGUCAUGAGCGAGGAACUGGCCAGAGAACUCCAGCUGGAAGAAGAAAGACAUGUUUUUCCUGAGGAGGCUCUUCGUGAAGAUGGUCCUUUCCUGAGUGCUGAUAAUAUUGACACGUCGAGCGAUGAAGUCUUGGCUCAGAUGCUGCAGACACAGUUUGACAAGGAAUAUGAUGCCCAGCUUCUGAGAGAAGAGAAGAAGUUUAAUGGUGACAGUAAAGUAUCCAUUUCAUUUGAGAACUAUCGCAAGGUUCAUCCCAGUGAAGAAAAUGACAGCUCAGAGGAUGAAGUGGAUUGGCAAGACACUCGCCAUGAUCCAUACAAAGCAGCUAAACCUGUGCCAAUCCCUAAAAAAGGAUUUGUUGGCAAGGGAAAAGACAUUACAACUAAACACGAUGAGGUGGUGUGCGGCAGGAAGAACACUGCAAGAAUGGAAAAUUUUACCCCAGAAUUCCAGGUUGGAGAUGGAAUUUUUAUGGACCUGAAGCUGUCCAACCAAGUUUUCAAUGCUUUGAAGCAGCAUUCUAUCUCCGAGCAGCGUAAAAGUGCUAGGCUGCAUGAUAAAAAGGAAGUUUCUACUGCUGAAAAAGUAGUGGAUCCAAAAACUAGGCUGCUCUUAUAUAAAAUGGUGAACUCUGGUGUGCUGGAAACAAUUAAUGGCUGUGUGAGCACUGGAAAGGAGUCUGUUGUGUUUCAUGCUAGCGGAGGAAGUAUGGAGGAUCAAGAAAUACCUGCUGAAUGUGCCCUAAAGGUCUUCAAAACAACUCUAAAUGAGUUCAAGAACAGAGAUAAAUACAUCAAGGACGACUACAGAUUCAAAGAUCGUUUUAGUAAACUCAAUCCGCGCAAAAUCAUUCGCAUGUGGGCUGAAAAGGAAAUGCACAAUUUAAAAAGAAUGCACAAAGCUGGCAUUCCAUGCCCAGAAGUUGUCUUGUUGAAGAAACAUGUUCUUGUGAUGUCAUUUAUUGGAAAGGAUCAACUCCCUGCCCCCACGCUGAAGGAAGCCAAGCUCGGGUUGGAAGAGUCAAAGCAGGCAUAUUAUCAAGUUCUUUCUAUGAUGAAGCAGCUCUAUGACCAGUGUAACCUCGUUCAUGCUGAUCUGAGUGAAUACAACAUGAUGUGGCAUGAUGGAAAGGUGUGGCUUAUAGAUGUAAGUCAGUCUGUUGAACCUACUCACCCCCAUGGCCUGGAAUUUCUGUACAGGGACUGCAGAAAUGUAUCUCAGUUCUUCCAGAAGGCGGGUGUGUCAGAGACUCCUCAUGCACGGGAGCUUUUCAACAUUGUGUCUGGCUUGAAUAUUGCCUCUGAUAAUCAAGUGGAUUUCAUGGCUGAGAUUGAAGCCUUGGAGAAGGUGAAUGAAGAUCAUGUGCAGAUGCAUGGAAAGAAAGUUUCCUUAUAUCAGAAGGAUGAUGAUGGCCCUCCCCGAAUUUAUGAUAAAUAACCCUGAUGGAAUAAAUGAGCUAAAAGCUAACGAAAAAAGAGUUAAACCUCUUGCUGCAUUCUUAUAACACUGAUGCAGUGGUUGUUCACCUCCAGCCCAGUGUAGAUUGGAAGCGCUGAAUAAGAACACACAAGUGUCACUCUGAGGGGCCUGACACCGGCUGCUGGGAUUGUACUGCUAAUAAACUGAAACAAUCAAUUGCCAUCAAUUUUAAUGUACUUCUAUAAA